GCCAGCUCUGUCGCACGCAAGUUUGUAAACAGCGUGGUGCCGGACAAAAGGUGCUGCCGGACGCUCACAUCGAUCGCGUUUGCAUCGAUAAAACCGGUGCUGCGUUACAAUUCCAACGAUUGCGCAAAUCAACAAAUAGAGCUCAAGCAGCCACCUCAUCUACAAGUUGCUGAACAGUGCGAAAACGCUGCACCUGCGUACAAAUGUGUAAAGCACCGAUGGUGGAGCCCGCCGAGAACAAAAAGAAGCCGCCGCGCCGCGCGCAGCACAUCCUCCGCUACGCGUCCUGCAAGGACGUCGCCAUGUACGCCGCCGCCUUCGUGACGGUGAUGGUCAGCGGCCUGAACCAGCCGGCGCAGCUCAUCAUCUUCGGCAAUCUCCUCGACAGCUUCAACACGGCCGACACGGCCGAGGCUGUAAAACUCGUCCACUUCUUCGCGCUCAUGUACGCCGUCGUGGGCAUCCAACAGCUCAUCACGAUCACGCUCCAGACCGCGCUGGCGACGCGCGUCGCCGCGGCGCAAGCGCGGCGCUGCCGCGAGAAGUACUUUGCCGCCGUCUUAUCACGACCGAUCAGCUGGUUCGACCAGAGCGACCAGGGCGCCGUCGGCGCGUCGGUGCUCGAAUCCACGCUCGCCAUCCAAGACGGGCUCGGCGAGAAGCUCACCACCGCGCUGCAGGGCGUCUUCGCCUUCGUCUUUGGUCUGGCCGUGUCGCUCUACUACGCUUGGUCGCUGGCGUUGGUGUCGGUCGGCGCGCUGCCCAUCGUGGUCGUGCUCCUGGGCCUCGCGUCAAAGGUCGCGAGCCGGGCGAACGCCAAGGCGGCAGACGCGUCGGCGGCCGCGUCGGCCGUCGCGAACGAGGCGCUCGUCAACGUGCGGACCGUGGCGGCGUUCGGCGGCGAGCGCCGGGAGAUGAACCGCUACGCGGCGGCGUGCGCGCGCGCGGCGGACGCGACGCUCGGCGCCGCCGUGUCGACGGGCGCGAACGCGGCGCUCGUCUCGUGCAUCCUCUACGGCACCUGGGCCCUCGGGUUGUGGUACGGGAGCUACCUCAUCCGCCAGGACAUGAAGCGCCACGACUACUGCAACUACCGCCGCGAUUCUUCCGGCGACCUCCGCGAGCCGAACAACAAGUGCAUCUCGGGCGGCGACGUGAUGACGGCCUUCCUCUGCGUGUUGUUCGGCGGUUUGGCGCUGCUCCAGGCCCUCCCGGGCAUCGCCGCCUACCAGCUCGCCCGGUCCGAGGCCACGCGCGUCUUCAAGAUCAUCGACGAAGCCGACGCCACGUCCAUCACCGACGCCGCCAACGUGAAGGCCGCGGCGCGGCGGGCGUCCGUCUCGACGACGCGGGGCGCCGGGACCAUCGAGUUCGUCGACGUCCAGUUCAGCUACCCGGCGCGGCCGGACCGGCCCGUCUGCGCGGGACUCUGCCUCGACAUCCCGGCGGGGACGACGUGCGCGCUCGUGGGCCCCUCGGGCUGCGGCAAGUCCACGGUCGUGCAGCUGCUGCUGCGCUUCUACGAGGUCUCGGGCGGCGCCGUGGUCGUCGACGGCGUCGACGCGCGGACGCUCGACGUCGCGACGCUCCGGUCGAAGAUGGGGCUGGUCGCGCAGGAGCCUGUGCUAUUCACUGGAACUAUCUUUGAGAACAUCGCGUUCGGCCGCAGUGGCGCGACGCGCGACGAGUGCGCGCGUGCGGCGCGGCUCGCGAACGCCUACGACUUCAUCAGCGGCUUUCCGGACGGUUUUGACACCGAGGUCGGCGACUGCGGCGUAAAGCUGAGCGGCGGCCAGCGCCAGCGCGUCGCAAUUGCGCGGGCGUUGGUUCGCGACCCCGAAAUCUUGGUCCUCGACGAGGCGACCUCGGCCCUAGACGCCAAGUCCGAGCGCGUCGUCCAGGAGGCGCUCGACAGCAUCACGUCCUCGAAGGCGCGGACGACGCUUGUGAUAGCCCACCGCCUCAGCACGAUCCGCCGCGCGGACCAGAUAUGUGUCCUCAACGAGGGCGCCGUGGCCGAGCGCGGCACGCAUGACGAGCUCAUGGCCAAGGGCGGCGCGUACAAGGCGCUCGUCGAGGCGCAGGUGUCGUCGUCCGACGACGGCGGCACGAGCGUCGCGAGCGUCGCGCCCGUGGCCGAGGACGACGUCGUCCUCGCCGAGGCCGUCACGGACACGGACGCCGGGUCGACGAAAGCCGACGACGUCGAGGCGCCGGCGCCUGUGGACAAGGCGACGGCAUCUCGCGUCGUGAGCUGGCUCUGGCGGACGGCGCGCGACGAGCGGCCCUUCGUCGCCUUGGGCGUCGUGGGCUCGGCCAUCGGCGGCGCGACGCAACCGCUGCUGGGCUUUUUGAUGGCUGAGUUUCUCGUGGCGUUCUUCAACCACUCGACGAGCCAUAUGCGCCGCGAGGCCCGGUUCUGGGCCUUGAUGUUCGUGGCGAUGGCUGGAUGUGCCGCGAUCGGCGAGCUCUGGAAGUCCUACGGCUUGAGUCGUGCAGCCGAGCACGUUGUUAGGGAUGUUCGGACCAAGUCCUUUGAGGCCAUGGUCCGCCAGCCGAUCUCCUGCGCGCAAUCGGCGUCCAAUUUUCCCUCUUCGUAUUGACUUAGCCCGGCCGCGCCGAUGCGGUCACCAUCAACGCGAAGCCAGACGGAGAGGAUCAGUAGCCUUUUGUCACGCGGUUGUCACACAGGGCACGAUGCGCCCGAGCGAGCCGCCGGAGCUCUAGCGUCGCGACUCGCCCAAGACACGCAAGCCGUACGCGCCCUCGUCGGGCAACGCAUCGCCCUAUCCGUUGCAAUGGUCGUUAUCGUUGUGGGCGGUCUCUGUCAGUGCAUAAAAUCAAUGCAGUGGAGCUUCUCGCGCCAUCGACGCGCCGCCUUCUCGAUGCACCCAACUCACUGGCUGGUUUCCGCACAGGCCUCGGCAUCUCGUUCGACGCGUCGUGGCGGCUGACGCUCGUCACGCUGGGUAUAAUCCCUCUUAUUGUCGCACCUAUUGCGGUGACCGGUUCUUAUGUGGCUCGAGUCGCGGAAGCUGCCCAGGAGUCGUUGGUCAGGGCCGGUGGCAUCGCGACCGAAGCAGUUUUACACAUGAGAACAGUGCGAGCUUACGGAAUUGAGGCGGCCGUCUCGCGAAAGUUCGACGACUUUUUGGAGUUGCCGGAACGACAGGCCAUUCGAAAGGGCCUCGCGGGAGGCCUGGGCGCCGGUGUCGCGGUAGCAACCCGUGCACAAAUCAAAUUUCACGGCGUCGUCGAUCUAGUUUGUGAGGAUAGUCUUUUCUCACCGCCGUUGCACACAGGCGGCGACCAUUCUGUUAGGCGCAGCCUUCCAGUACUACGUCGGCGGUAUUUUCUUCCGCAAGGGCUGGGUCUCCUUUUCCGACUUGAUGACGGUCCUACUCGUAAUUAUAUUCAUGGCGUUUGGAAUCGGAGCGGUGGCUGGUGAUUCCAUCGACAAGGCCGAGGUUAGUAGCUCGGUGUUUGGAAGUCCACGGCGCCGCGACUCAUCGGUCGCUUCUACAGGCCAUGACGGCAGCCAAGAAAGCGUGGGACAUCGUCCACCUCAAAUCGCCCAUCGACGCGCUCGCGCCGUCCGGUUACGACGGGGGCAAGGGUGGCGCCGCGGCGACGGUUUCUUUUGAGGACGUCGCCUUCGCCUACCCGACGCGGGCCGACCGCCCGGUCUAUGAGCGGCUCACGUCCGUGUAGAAAUCAAAUUCAUGGUACCCCGCCAUCGACGCGACAAUUGUCCCUGUGACUGCGUCUGCUCGAUGGCGUGGAGAUUCCACGCCAUCGACGCGAUGUUGUUCACAUGACUGCGCUGGCUCGAUGGCGUGGAGGUUGACGAUGGUCUCUCGCAAUUAUGCUCAGGAUAACCUAACUCAUUGGUUGAUUUCCACACAGGCUCACAUUUUCCAUCGCAGCGGGUGAAGUUUGCGCGCUCGUGGGGGAAAGCGGCAGCGGUAAAUCGACGGCGGUUCAACUAAUACUGCGCUACUACGACGUCGACGGCGGCCGUAUUUCUGUGGAUGGCACCGAUGUGCGAAGUUGGGACGUAUCUGCUCUGCGCGCAAGUAUCGGGCUCGUGAGUCAGGAGCCUGUGCUAUUCACUGGCAGUAUAUUCGAAAACAUAGCGUACGGUCGCGAGGGCGCAACGCGAAGCGACUGCGAGCGCGCGGCGCGGCUCGCGAAUGCAUACGACUUCAUCAGUGGCUUCCCGGACGGUUUUGACACCGAGGUUGGUAGUCGCGGUAUACAACUCUCUGGUGGUCAGAAGCAACGAAUCGCGAUUGCCCGCGCAAUUGUGAGAAAACCACGUUUGUUGAUACUAGACGAGGCCACGUCUGCGCUCGACGCGAAUUCUGAGAAAGUAGUGCAGGCCGCCCUCGACGAGCUCGUGGCCGCGUCCUCAUGUACGACGCUGGUGAUAGCCCACCGCCUCAGCACGAUCCGGUCGGCUUCAAAGAUCUGCGUCUUCGGCAAGGGUGGCCUCCUGGAGGAGGGCACGCACAACGCGCUCCUGGCGAAGAAGGCGCACUACUACGCUCUGGUGGCGCACCAGAUGGCGAAGUAGCCCUAGUUUUCUAUAUCCCCUUGAUGGUGUAAUCGUGUAUACUUA